GUAACGAAAGAGAAUAAUCAAAUAGCGGUGGCCUCUCUUUCUUUUGUCCACCUAGUUUAUUAUGAAGAAAAGGAGAUAUCAAUACACUACCAUGUGAGAUGUGAUCUUAUUAUCUUUACCUUUCUUCUUUUCAAUAAUUUUUUUAAAUUUUUUUUUUUUUCAAAUUUUUCAAUCACCCACCUUCCUUAAAUUCCUUGCUGUUCACAAUUAAUUCAUGUCCCUACUUGUACAGAACUACUUCAUGCCUUACUUCCUUGUUUGUCAAUACAAUACAUUUCCACAUAAAUGUAAAAAACAAGGUCUCUCUUUCACAUAAAAUAAAUACCCAACCACAAAAAUAUAUUUCUCUCUUCCUAAAACAACAAAAUUUAAUUCUCGAUUAAAAAUUGUAAAAUCAAAUGAUAUGUUGAUGGCGAUGAUGCAUAACACGAGUGCCAACCUAGAUGAUCUUGAUAAUUUCCCCAGAAAUCAUAAUCAUCAGAUCAUGUCUGAAAAUCAAGAGCAACAAAAUUCUAUCAUCAUCAAAUCUACCUGUCCAAUUAGCUGGAAACUUUACCAAAAUCCCUUUUUUAUUCCCACUAAUCCCACUAUUACUAAUUUUACUAGUAAUAAUAAUACUGAUUUUAAUCUUAUUAUUAAUAACGACAGUAAUAAUAAUCCCUUUAAACUUAAACCCAAGCAACUUCAGCGCAAAUACAGUGCUUCAGCAAAGUUCCUGCAUAACUCAGAUCUCAAGAUGAGUAACACUAAAACCCAGAUUGCGGAAUUGAAGGCAGAAUUAGAGAUGGAAAGAGCACUCAGAAAGAGAAUGCAGGCUUUGAACAAGAAGCUCUCGAAAGAGCUUAUUGAUCAAUCUCAAAGAAAGCAAAUGUGUGUUGUUUGUGAUGAUCUAAUGAAAGAGAUUACGCGGCUGAAGGAAGAGACGCAGAAGAUGAAGGCGGAAAUGGACGAAGAGAGAAAAAUGUUGAGAAUGGCGGAAGUUUUAAGGGAGGAAAGAGUUCAGAUGAAACUUGCUGAUGCUCAGCUUUUUUACCAUCAGGAGUUUCUGAACAAUUUUUUACUGCAGCAACCACAAAUCAAACAAAGUUCAAAGGAAACGGGGUCGUCUUUUGAGCAAAAUGGUUGUAGUAAGAAUGGGGGUAAUGUACAAAGGAAGGCAGCUGUGUCUUCGUUGUCGUCAUCGCCGGAAACUGAGAAUCCGCAUAUUAAGCAAGGGAUUAAGGGUUUUGUGGAGUUUCAAAGGGCGAUUAAGGCGAAAAACAAUGGGUGUAAUGCUAAUAACAAUGGUACAAAUAAUGCUAAUUAUUAUUGCAAUAAACAGUUGAGAGAUUUGGGUGGUUUCAGUAAUAAGGUGGAAUGUCAGAAGGCACAACUUAGAGUUUUGUUCAAGCAUAAGUGUUCUGUUCCAUAUUCUUCUCACCAUGAUCAUAAUUUAAUCCUCAGUUAAAUUCAGUAGAAUAUUGGGGUUGAAGAUGAAUGAUGAAUUUAAGGUCACUUUAUUUUUCUUUUUCUUUUUUAAGAUAAAUUAGAGUUGUAUUUUGUUUAAUUAUGAAAUUUUGUAUGGAAGUAAGUGAUGGAGUAUAUAAUAAUAAUAUGGUAAGUUGAUUGUGUUUUUUGUCCCUCUUUUUACUUUAGAGUUGAAUUUCUGAGAUUUGUAGUUGUAGUUGUACCUGGAUCAAGUAUUGACAAAUUUUUCUGAAAAGUAGGUUGCUACAAAGUGUCGGUAAGUGAUGUUAUUUGAUCCAAAUAGUGAGGAUUUCGAGAUUUAGUAUAAUGUUCAUAUGAUUGACUAUAUUUGGCAUGUGGCACAUUUUAGCCUGGUGUAUUUCAUGCUCUGUCUCUCUGU